CGACGCCAGGCACCUGCAGACGCUUUUUGUCUUAGUCUUGCCACCAUCAAACCAACCACACCUCACUUUUCCAUCAUCAAUAGAGGCAGCAUCAGCCAUUCUGCAUUUAUCAGCAAUGACUUAGAAAAUAACGCAAACCAAAAUUUAACACUCGCAUAAAGCAUAUUCUACAACAUUGGCAUACACCUCUGCCGCCCAACCAUGUUUAUAGGCAUGAUAUACACUCCUCUAUACGCAAAAUGAAUAAGGCUCACUUCAUUGCCGCCGGCUGUGUCGCGCUGCCGAAGACGGAACUUGGUUUGGAUGAUGACCUCUGGAAGCAACUCAGCUUGGCGAAGUGGAAUAUACUCUCUACAACCGUCUCCUCCGAUGACACCUCGGCUGCGGCGGCUGUGUCAACAGAGACUCUGUCUGCCUUUUUGAAAGCACCCCGAUUUCUCGCAUAUAGAGAACUGCUCGAGGCGCAAUGGGCGUAUCUUGAAUUUGGAGUCUCAGACAUUUGCCCUGACACUGGAAUCUUAAGAAUAUCCCUUCUUCCAGAUGAUGUGCAUAGAAGCUCGAUUGAUCGAACGAAUGCGCGUGCCUGGGUGCGUCGUCGGCAGCUGGUUUCAGAGAUGGAUUAUUCGACAGAAGCAUGGGAUGGAGUGCGUCUGCCUGUCGCAUUCUCUGGGCCUAUUCCAGUUGAUCCCGCUGCGGCAUCUGACGAAGAGGCCAGCUCUCUACUAGAGCUUUUCAACCAAAUGCCGUCACCAUCCCCAAGCCUGGAGGUCGUUGAAGACGUGCAUGCCAGACGGCAGAUGAAAAAUGUUCUAGAUGGCAAAAUUCCGGGACUCAUUACGAAGCUACACCCGCAUCAGAAGCGAUCCGUUGCUACAAUGCUUCAGAAAGAAGCACAGCCUGGUCGUAUGCCAGACCCCCGCCUACUUUGUGUGAAGAGUCCAUGCGGGCCAGCGUGGUACUUGGAUCGCGUAAGUGGUGAGGCAUGCUCGCAGCAGAGAUAUUACGACGAAGUACGUGGCGGCAUUCUUGCCGAAGAAAUGGGUUCCGGAAAGACGCUCAUCUGCUUGGCUCUCAUCCUGGCUACACUAGAAAGCCCCAGUGUACCACCCGACUUGUACAAUCCUCCGCGGAAGACAGUUCGAAAGAAAGUUGGAUCUCUGUGCGAUAUGGCUGCAGCUUGUGCAACGCGCCACUCAGUGCCAUGGAAAACCUAUUUUGGGCAAAAUUCAGAUUUCGGCAACCGGUUCCAUACCGACUUAUUCAAGAGAAAUCCAGGAUGUUACUUUGUUCCGCCGCCAAAGCCUCGACGCUCCUUGAGGUUGUCAGCUAAAGUGCGUCCAUCCCGGAAGAUGUAUUUGAGCACAUGCAGUUUGGUCAUUGUACCAAAUAACUUGCUGUCACAAUGGCAAGAUGAAAUCAGGAAGCAUACGACUGGACUAAAGGUCCUCGUAAUUAAGAAGGACGACUUUAUCCCUCCAACAGAAUCCCUUCUUGAGCAAGAUAUAAUUCUUAUGAGCCAAAGUCGCUUCGAGGCCAUGCAUCCCGAGUUUGAAACCACGGACUCGCCACUAUCGUUUAUUCGAUUUAAGCGAUGCUUUGUCGACGAGGGACACGUCCUUGGCAACUCAAGUAUAAAUAGACGCAGCAAUUUGUUGAUGGGACUCGAAGUGAUGAGCUUUUUUGCGCGCUGGGCUGUCACCGGAACUCCCUCGAAAGGUCUUCAUAGUGUAGAUGCCCAGGACAUCGCAUCAUCUGUCAGCAGUGUCGACCGGCAGGGAUCUUCACCGCACUCAGGAAACUCUAUGGACAAGAGCCAGUUGGAAAUGGAAUCAAAAGAUUUGGAACGAAUUGGAUCUAUCGCCGUCUUAUACCUACAAGCUAGGCCAUGGGCUAAGCUGUCUAUGGAAUCAGACGACAAUGCCAGCUGGACGACAUAUUUGAUGCUCCCUCGACACAGGCGUAGCGGCCGUGGUAGAUGGGAUUGUCUUAAGGCAACGUUAAGCUCGCUGAUUGUCCGGCACCAGAUCAGUGACGUUCAGUAUCUUUUACCUUCCAUUGAAGAAAAGGUCGUCAUGUUAGAUGGCUCAUACCAAGAUCAACUAGCCGUCAAUAUCUUUUCGAUGAUUAUCAUUUUCAACGCGGUUCAGUCAGAACGAACCGAUCUCGACUAUUUCUUCCAUCCCAAGCAAAGGAAGAAUCUGCUGUUGAUGGUACACAACUUGAAGCAGACCAGCUUUUUUGGAGGGUCUUUCUUCUCUUGGGCAGAAAUUAAAACUGCUGUAGAGACCGCGGAGGAGUUUCUUCAAAAGAAGGCUGUCUCUGUGUCCAAACAAGACGAAUAUCUUCUCCAAGAUGCCAUAGAAUUUGGACAUCUGAUAAUGAAGAACGAAAUCAGAAACCAUAGCAACAUCUUCCAUGAACUUCCGGUUUGUGUUACGGGAUUUCCGGCUGGAGCAGGAUAUGCUUGGUCUUUAGAUGGUAUGGAAGCAGACACCAUCUGUACAUCUGCUAGCAUGCUACAUUCUUUACAAAAGCGUAUAUUCAAAGCAGCAUGUAAGGUCGAAGAAUUCAACUCUCUUAUGAAUGGAGGCCUUAUCGAAGAGGGCCUCUUGGAGAGACAGAAGCACAUGGACAGCGCGUCUUCUCCAAAGAAGACCAAAAAAGCGAUCAAGGGAAACGAUAUAAUGGCCGGAAACACGAAACUAGGAGAUGACAGUCCACGAAAAGCUCAUCCGCGGCCUGCAAAGGACGACUAUUUGUCACUUUCUAUAAGCGAUGAAGUUGACUUAAGUCCCUUGAUGGACGCACGAAUUACCAGCACAGUGUCGGCUAAACUCACAUAUCUGAUUGACAGCCUUCUCAUGUACCAAGACGAUGAGAAGAUUAUCAUCUUUUACGAGAACGAGAACAUUGCAUGGUAUCUUGCUGGAAUGCUUGAUGUUCUCCAAAUUCAGCACCUAAUCUACGCUAAAUCUUUAACGGUAGAACGCAGAGCGCAUUAUGUGUCGACGUUUCAUUACAACCAUUCGUUUCGAGUCCUACUGAUGGAUUUGUCACAGGCAGCUUUUGGGCUGGACAUGAGAAUAGCUUCCCGCAUCUAUUUCAUCAACCCAGUGCUGAACCCCCAAGUCCAGGCGCAGGCGAUUGGACGUGUGCGGCGUAUCAGUCAGCAAAAGCCGGUGUCAGUAGAAACACUGGUCCUAAGAGGCAGUAUUGACGAAGUUCUGCUUGACCAGCAGCAACAUAUGACUCAAGCAGAACAUAGACGAGCAAAGUCGAUUCUGGAUAUUACACCCAUUUACAACUGGAUCAAGAACGCCAAAAUUGCACCUAUGGACACAUGCGACGCUAACCCAGAAUCGCAGAUGGCACCAUUGACAUCUCCCUUGCCAGUCUUUGGAGUUGGGUUCGGCCGGACCGUCAAUCCAAACGAUGGCCUUGUUGUGGGAGAUUAUAUGACCACUUCAACUGAGCCUGGCGCGAGAACUGAGGAUGCUACAGCUCCAGCAAACGAUGCAACGAGUUUGGAUGAGAAGAUAAAUGACGCCAGAGGCGGCGACCAAUCGGCUGUCAGGAAUGGAGGGCAGAGCAUGAAACGAACCCAUGCCAUGGGCCCUGGAAGUAACGCUGCGACGGGCGAUACGACAGACGAAGAGGCGGCACCUACUACGCGGCCCGCACGAAGGGUUCGGUUCGACGAUGGUGCUUAAAGAGGAACACUGGGUUUGCUCCAUAUUGUAUAGUUCUAGACCAUGUUGCGGCGUUUGCUUUUCAUGUGGUAAUCAAAUUCGUGUUUCUACGGCUUUAGCACCUCUGAGUGGUGCAAUUUUCUUGCAUCGUUAGAUCAUAUUGCCCAAAUGGGAUGUGUUGUUUGCUUCGCGAAAUGACUUGUUAACGCAGACAAACAGGUUUCACUGCAAUGCAUGAUGUCGGUAUAACUGCAUGAUGAUCGACCUUGACUCUAGCUUCGAUCACGGCUUCUUUCCGAUACAGUUCAUGAGGUAUGCGGUGAACCAGUAUUCACUAAGAACCAUCUUGCACAGUAUACAACAUUUGAUGGGCGGCUGUUUGGGGCCAAGGUUGCAGCAAUGCUACGCUGUAGCUACGAGGGACCCUGGCCCAGUUGAAGCUAAGGAAAGGGGCAGCGCCUGCAACAAUAGAGUAGCGAAGCUAAGGAGCCCCAGUGCUAAUUUCCACGAUAGGCAAAUUAAUUGGCACCAUUGUCUUAGGUACCGAUGCUGUGGAUGGCGUCUUGCCGCCCUUUGUUCCGAACUUGCCCCCGCCCUUGUUUGCUUUGUCUCGGCCCGGCUCUCAUGGGAGUUAAAUGACGAAAAAAGCACAAGAAAAUAUAGGCAAAUCAAUAAUUGACAAUGAAUCGGAAACGGCAUACCUGGGCAUCGAUCGAGCAUUCGCUGGAAUGCGCAUUAUUCAUUCAUACAUGGCUGGUGCCAACCCAUUACUCGGAAGUGAGUGGUGCUCAUCUUGUCUUUCAGUACCACCAUGCCAACGAUUGAUUGGCUGCCGUGCUUGGAUAGGACGCUGGAGGAUGUACAAAUCCAGGCACUCAAUACACCCAUCUUACAUUUUUGCUGCUUCGCGCUAAACGUCAGGGAUCCCCCCCAAGGCACCCACGCGAUGCUCCCCCAAUGUCGCAUGGCGGGCUGAGCCUUGGGCCAAAGCUUGCACCGUGGCUCAUCUUACGGUCAAUUGGUUCAGUAGACUAGCUUUUCGACAUCAUUCUACAUACCGGAGCUGUCCACCUGUGUCCUGAAGCACAGUGGCCGUUGACCCCAACGCCGUCACCUGUCUUAGGCCGAAGGGUUGUCGAAAUUAAUAAAACCUUUUGCCCACCCUUUGACACUUGUUGCACCUCCCACUGGGCUUUUUACUUUUUUCUCUUCAACCUGCCCA